ACGCAUGGAUCACAUUGCAAGCUAUGCAAUCAAUCUUCUCCUGUUUCCAUGUCCACAGUGUCAACAUGUCUUUCCAUUGAUGGUCGUUUUGUGUUAGAUUUGUGUUGAUCUUUCCAUUCACAUGAACACAGUCAAGGUUGGCAGGCGGCCAUGAAAGCAACUAUUUUGUUCGUGAUGAAAAUUUUCCUGAGCCAUGACCAAUUGCAGCAGCCUCGUUAUCUGAAUGUUUUCCUGUUCUCAUAUAAUCAAUGGGAGUUCAACUCAAGUCCUUAUCAUCGUCUCCGAUGGUAGACCACAUUCUGGAUUACCGCAGGCAGAAUUCAUGCCCUCCUCUGAAUUGGAGCCCCGUUUAAGAUGGGAUGCGUACAGGAGCCAGAAGCCGGGCUGCUGCUUCUGUGAAGGCAUGGCGCUGCUAUCCAGGCUGCCGCUUCUGGUCCUUCUCGCGGAGCUCGCAGCGGCGUCCUAUGAUGUCGGAUUCGUCUUCGAUGGAUUCACCGGCGGCGCGAACCUGAGCCUGAACGGCUACGCCGAGGUCACCUCCGACGGCCUCCUGAAGCUGACCAACUUCACACCGGAAGCGACGGGACAUGCCUUCUACCCUUCCCCGAUCAACUUCAAGAACGCUACGAAUGGCAGGCCGAUAUCGUUCUCGACUACCUUCGUGUUCGCCAUCGUGCCGGUGUACCCGAACAUGAGCGGCCACGGCAUCGCUUUUGCUCUCGCCCCCAACAGGGAGCUCCCCGGAUCCAUGCCCAGCCAAGAUCUGGGCCUCUUCAACAGUUCCGACCACGGCCAAGCUAGCAACCAUGUGGUGGCUGUCGAGCUCGACACGGUGAAGUCCGUGGAUUUCGAUGAUAUCAACGCAAACCAUGUGGGCAUCGAUGUCAAUAGCUUGAAGUCCCUGAACGCGUCGCCGGUGGCUUACUUCGAUUCCCGAGAAGGCGUGAUCAAAAGCCUGCAGCUGAUAAGUGGCGAGCCGAUGCAGGUUUGGGUCGAUUACCAUGGCCGGGAGACGAAGCUUGAUGUCAUGGUAGCUCCUCUUAAUGAGCCCAAACCUGCAGUGCCGCUCGUGUCCUCCACCAUCAACCUCUCAUCGAUCGUCUUGGACGAGAUGUACGUGGGCUUCUCUUCCGCCACGGGUGCCGCGACAGGAUGCCAUUACAUUCUAGGAUGGAGCUUCGGCCUCAAUCGAGAUGCUCCACCGCUGGAUCUCUCUAAGCUUCCUAAACUUCCACGUCAAGGAGGUCGGACGAAGAGAUCAACAGAGGUCUUGGCCAUCGAGCUAACUUUGGCUGCAAUAAUCCUCUUGUUGAUCUCCACCGCCGUUGUCGCCUUCAUCAUCAGAAGACGGAAGAAGUUCUCCGAGAUGCACGAGGACUGGGAGCUUGAAUACGGGCCUCAUAGAUUCUCCUACAAGGAUCUCUACAGAGCGACGAAGGGCUUCCACGAACAGAACCUGCUCGGCGUCGGAGGCUUCGGUCGGGUCUACAAGGGCGUCCUGCCGACAUCCAAGAUAGAGAUCGCAGUCAAGAAGAUUUCACAUGAUUCGAAGCAGGGGAUGAGGGAAUUCAUCUCGGAGAUCGUGAGCAUGGGCCGGCUGCGGCACCGCAACCUGGUUCGGCUCCUCGGCUACUGCCGACGCCAGGGGGAGCUCCUCCUGGUGUACGACUACAUGACGAAUGGUAGUCUAGAUAGGCACAUCUUCGACCUCAAGAGGCCACCGCUAAGUUGGUCUCGGAGGUUCCAUGCGAUCAAAGGAGUGGCAGCAGGGCUUCUGUACCUGCACGACGGAUGGGAGAAGAUGGUGAUUCACAGAGACAUCAAGGCCAGCAAUGUUCUCAUGGACACAGAAUUCAACGGAAGACUGGGAGACUUCGGUCUGGCGAGGUUGUAUGAUCACGGGACUAAUCCCCAGACCACGCGUAUCGUGGGAACACUGGGCUACCUUGCGCCAGAACUCAGCAUGACCGGCAAGGCGACGACACAGACGGAUGUGUACGCCUUCGGUGCUUUCCUACUGGAGGUUGCCUGCGGGAGAAGGCCGAUGGAUGUGCACGCACCGGCGGACACGCCGAACCUGGUGGACUACGUGCUCGAGUGCUGGAAGAUGGAUGCGAUUGCGGAGGCGAGGGAUCCCAAGCUGGGAGACGACUACUCGGCGAAGGAGGUGGAGUUGGUGCUUAAGCUCGGGCUGCUCUGCUCACACCCGGAUCCCAUGGCCAGGCCGAGCAUGAAGCAGGUGAUGCGGUUCUUGGAAGGCGAUGCUCCCUUGCCGAUGACCACGGCCGGAAACCUCAUCAGCAGUGUCGCCAAGCAGAGAUACGAUCGAACGUUCGAUGAUUUCCUCAUGUCGUAUUCAUCUUUCUCGGACGCGUCGCACGUAACGCAUUCAGCAACGUUGCUUUCGACGGCCGAUGAUUCCGCCAUGCAAUUGGAUGUAUAAAUUGAGUCUUUCGCUCUUUAUACAGCAUUCUCUAUUUCAUCAAUCACAUGUUGAUUUGAUGGAAAUACAUUUCGUAUCUCUGCAAACAACAUUGAUCUUUGGCAGAGAGCGAUCGGAAAUAUACAAUAUAGUGGUAGCACAGGUGAUCUACAGUUCUAAGCAAUAAUGAUGAUCGACUGAUCGGAUGUUUUA